AUGCCGGAGCUGUGCAGCCUGCUGUCGUCUGUAUCGGCUCCCCCGCAGAUUGGACGUGUCACCUCUGUCGACAAUCACCCGUCGGGGUCGGAGAAGCUUUGGUUAUGCAAGAUUGAUGUUGGCGACGGCAAGGAGCGGCAGGUGGUAGCGGGCCUCAAGCAGCAUGUCAGCCGGGAGGAGCUCACCGGGCGGCUGGUGGCGGUUGUCCUGAAUCUUAAGCCAGCCAAGCUAGCAGGGGAGCUGUCAGAGGCGAUGGUCCUGGCAGCUGAACACCAACCAGAGGGCGGCGACGUGCUCGUGCGCGUGCUUUUGGUGCCAGACGGCUGCCAGCCGGGAGAUUUGGUGAUGUGCGAGGGCAGCGAACCCGCCGUACCCCCCAAGGAGUGCAAGAGCAAGUUCUGGAAGGAGGUCGUUGAAGGGCUGGCGGUGCGGGGCGGCGUGGCGCGAUACAAGAACAAGCCCCUGGUGACCUGGAGCGGGCCGGUGAAGGUGGCAGCAGACAUGCCCGACGGCGCCGGCAUCCAUUGA